AUGGCUGUUGACAUCCGCCCGGCAAGACAGGAGGAUCUGUCCGAAGUGUCUAGCAUCUACACCCACUACGUUCUCAAUACUGUCGCUGCCUUUCUGAUCCAGAAGCCACCAGCAACUUACAUCGCGUCACGCUUCGAGGCAGCAAGAAGUCGGAACCUUCCGUACCUCGUAGCUGUCAAUCAAGCCACCGGCAAGAUCCUGGGGUACAGCUAUGCCUCCGGCUUUCGGGGGUUUAUGAUAGGCUACGGGCAUUCCGUCGAAAUUUCAGUCUUCUGUCACCCGGAGUAUUGUUCCCAGGGUAUCGGGAGCAAGCUCAUGCUUCGUCUGCUGUCAGAGCUGAAACAGGCGAAGCAUGUCACUCACGAGGUAGGCUACGAGGAUAGUCCUCAGGAGUUUCAGGUGCAAAAGUUACUUGCCAUUAUGGCAGUCGAUGACGAAGCACCCAAUGGUGGUCUUGACCUUCGAGACUGGUAUGUCAACAAGUGGGGUUUCGAGCAAGUCGGUCGUCUAAAAGGUGUUGGGUACAAGAGGGGUCGCACGUGA